AUGGCCGCUAUUCAGAUGAACGCCGCGUCGCUCUCGAGCGCGCCGCGCGCGCUGCUGGCGAAGGAUGCUUCGGCCAAGACUGCGUCAACCGCAUCAGCACCGUCCAUCUCGUGGCGCUCCGUCUCCUCCGGCAACCCCACACUUCUUGCCCGCCUCUCCCGCUCGGCCGCUCAUGCCACGUCAGCAUCGCAGCGUGCCGCGCAGAAGCCUGCCACGUGGAGCCCCGUCCGGUGCAACGCCACGACGACAGAGGCCCCCGCUUCUGAGACUUUCACGUACCAGGCGGAGGUGAAUCGGCUCAUGGAUCUCAUCGUGCACUCUCUUUACAGCCACCGUGAGGUCUUCCUUCGCGAGCUCGUCAGCCACCGCGAGGUGUUCCCUCGCGAGCUGGUCAGAAUUCCGGUGCGACCAUUCCCUCCUGUGGAUCCUGUCUCGUCUCUCUUACUUCUCCUCACUCCUCCCCUCCUCCCCCUUUUUCUCCUCUCCCCCUUCCUCCUCUCGCCCUUCCUCCUCUCCCCGCCCCUCUCGCCACCCAGCAAUGCGAGCGAUGCGUUGGACAAGCUGCGGUUCCUGUCGGUGACGGACCCGGCGCUCAUGGCGGCGGACUCGGAGCUCGCCAUCCGCAUCAAGGCGGACCCCGCCUCCGGCACCAUCACCAUCACCGAUACGGGCAUCGGUAUGACCAAGGAGGAGCUUAUGGACUCGCUGGGGACCAUCGCGCAGAGUGGCACCGCCAAGUUCGUGCAGGCCAUCAAGGAGAAGCAGGAGAAGGAGGGCGAGGUGGACAGCAACCUGAUCGGGCAGUUCGGAGUGGGCUUCUACUCCGCGUUCCUGGUGGCAGACCGCGUCACCGUGCGCACCAAGAGCGCCAAGGGCGGCAAGCAGUGGGUGUGGGAGGCGGAGGCGGACCAGAGCACGUACACGGUGCGCGAGGACUCGGACGGGGAGCAGCUUGCCCGUGGCACGUCCAUCCAGCUGCACCUUAAGAAGGCAGAGUACUCGGAUCCCGCGCGCCUGGCGAGCCUGCUGAAGAACUACUCGCAGUUCAUUGCAGGGCCUCCUUUGGAGUCAACUCUAAGUCCACCUGUUCAACCCCCCUACCUCUCUCCACACCUUUUCAUCCCUUCCGCCUAUGAGCAGGACGACCAGAAGGCGGAGUACUCAGACCCAUCACGCCUGGCGAGCCUGGUGAAGAACUACUCGCAGUUCAUCGGAUUCCCCAUCUACAUGUGGCAGGAGCAGACGCGCUCCAAGGAGUCUCCUCAUCCCUCUCCUCUCACCCCUCUCCUCCUCAUCCCCCUCCCCCUCACCCCCCUCCUCCUCAUCCCCCUCCGCUCACCCCCUUCCUCAUCCCCCUCCUCCUCAUCCCCCUCCCCUCACCCCCCUCCUCAUCCCCCUCCCCCUCACCCCCCUCCUCAUCCCCCUCCUCAUCCCCCUCCCCCUCACCCCCCUCCUCAUCCCCCUCCUCCUCAUCCCCCUCCCCCUCACCCCCCUCCUCAUCCCCCUCCUCCUCAUCCCCCUCCCCCUCACCCCCCUCCUCAUCCCCCUCCUCCUCACCCCCCUCCUCCUCACCCCCCUCCUCCUCAUCCCCCUCCUCCUCAUCCCCCUCCCCCUCACCCCCUCCUCCUCAUCCCCCUCCCCCUCACCCCCUCACCCCGCUCCUCCUCAUCCCCCUCCUCAUAUCCCUCCUCAUCACUCUCCUCAUCCCCACCCCGUCCCUACUUGCAAUGGCAGGAGGAGUAUGAGGAGGCGGCCAAGGAGGAGGGAGAGCCGCCAGUGAAGAAGACUCGCACAGUGGAGGAGAAGUACUUUGACUGGGUGCUGGAGAACGAUACCAAGCCCAUCUGGGUCCGCGCCCCCAAGGAGGUGGGGCAGGCGGAAUAUAAUGAGUUCUUCAAGAACACAUUUAAAGAGUUCCUCGACCCGCUGGCGCAUACGCACUUCUCAACGGAGGGCGAGAUCGAGUUCAAGUCGCUGCUCUACAUUCCCGGCAUGGCGCCCUUUGAUGCCAACGACAUGUUCUCCGGCAAGACACGCAACAUCCGCCUCUACGUGAAGCGCGUUUUCAUCUCCGACCAGUUUGAUGGCGAGCUGGUGAGUGCAGAGGGGGACCCAAGGGCUCUGGGUGUAGCUGCCGCGCGACUUUUCAUCAAGGGAGUGGUCGACUCCUAUGACCUCCCACUCGACCUGCCCCGCUACAUGGCGUUCAUCAAGGGAGUCGUCGACUCCAACGACCUGCCCCUGAACGUCUCUCGCGAGAUCCUCCAAGAGUCUCGCAUCAUGCGCAAGCGCCUCGCGCGCAAGGUCUUUGACAUGCUGGACGACGUCACCCCAGCACAUGCCGCCCCACAUGCUGGCACUACUGCACUCCCCCGCUACAUGGCGUUCAUCAAGGGAGUCGUCGACUCCAACGACCUCCCUCUCAACGUCUCUCGCGAGAUCCUCCAGGAGUCCCGCAUUGUGCGCAUCAUGCGCAAGCGCCUCGUGCGCAAGGUCUUUGACAUGCUGGAUGAUGUCGCCGCCCGGAAGGACGCGGACGGCAAGCCCAGCAGCGACUACACCACCUUCUGGCAGAGCUUCGGGCGCAACGUGAAGCUCGGGUGCAUCGAGGACGCUGGUAACCACAAGCGCCUUGCGCCCCUCCUGCGCUUCUUCUCGUCGAAAUCUGAGGAUGAGUUGAUUUCGCUGGAGGAUUACACGGGCAGGAUGAAGGACGGGCAGAAGGAAAUUUACUACAUUGCUGCGGAUACCGUUCGCAGCGCGAAAUCGGCGCCGUUUUUGGAGAAAUUGAACCAGAAGGGGUUGGAAGUUCUCUUCCUGGUCGAGCCGAUCGACGAGGUUGCUGUUACCACGUUACAGAGUUACAAGGACCUCAAGUUUGUGGAUAUUUCCAAGGAGGAUCUGGAUUUGGGGGAUGAGGGCGACGAGGCGAGCAAGAGGGAGCAGGAGAAGGAGUUUGCGGGCGUGUGUGAUUGGAUGAAGGGGGUUCUUGGAGACAAGGUGGCCAAAGUGCAGGUGUCCCAGCGGAUUGCCUCUUCCCCCUGUGUGCUGGUGGCUGGCAAGUUCGGCUGGUCGGCCAACAUGGAGCGCAUCAUGAAGGCGCAGACCAUGGGCGACCCCCAGCAGGCCGAGUUUAUGAGGGGCAGGAGGAUUUUGGAGAUCAACGCUGACCAUCCGAUCAUCAAGGACCUCAAGGUGCAGAGCAGUGUGGCACCGGAUAGUGCCAAGGCAAGGCAGCUGGUGGAUCUGCUGUAUGAGACAGCGCACAUUGCCUCGGGAUUCCCGCUGGCGGAUCUGCUGUAUGAGACGGCCCACAUCGCCUCUGGAUUCCCGCCGGAGAACCCUGCUGAGUUUGGCUCGCGCGUGUAUGAAAUGAUGGCGCUCGCCAUUCCUCAAGCUGCUGCUGCUGCCCCUGCUUCCCCAUCCUCGUCAACAAGCGCCUCGGUACAACCUGAAGUUGUGGAGGCCUCUGAAGUGCGAACGGAGGGUGAUGCAUGGAAGUGA